UCUAGCGACUUUUUUUCUCCCUCAGGCUCUGAAUUGGGAAAGUAAACUUCUGAAAAUGGAACAUCACAUCUACUGCAAACUUUUGCAUCCUUCCCGAAACGACAGUUUUAUUAGAGUAGCCUAUGCAUGAUGCAAACCCAGAAACAGAUGUAGGCUCCUGCAUUUCAAUAACCUGAACAGAGGCGAGAUGAAGCUGAGCAUAUUGCCUCGACUGCUACACUGGGGCCUCCUGUUCCUUUGUGUAGUAAGCUCCUGCAGCCAGCUUGUGUCCACUGGCAACCAAAGCUCCCGAGGACAGACAGGGUCAUUGCAGGAGAGGACAGGGACUUGUGAAGUGGUUGCUGCUCAUCGUUGCUGCAACAAGAACAAGAUUGAGGAACGCUCUCAAACAGUCAAGUGCUCCUGCUUCCCAGGACAGGUGGCAGGGACAACAAGGGCUCUGCCCUCUUGUGUAGAAGCAUCCAUUGUUCGUCAGAAGUGGUGGUGUAAAAUGGAGCCUUGUCUAGAUGGGGAAGAGUGCCGAGUUCUUCCAGACCUAACUGGAUGGUCAUGCAUCUCUGGGAACAAAGUAAAGACCACUAAGGUGGCGCGGUAGCAAGACAGAAGCCCAAUCUAAUCAGUUGAAGCCUGUCCCGACCUGCUGCAUCACCCUAACUGACACAGGACUCUGAGGACAGUGAACGCCCCGUCAGAUAGAGCAAAGAACAAUAUAGAUUUAAUUAGAUG